CAAAGUCGCUCUAGCAGAGCGGUCUUCGUGCUCGGCCCUUCCUCGAGCGGAAAGACGACGCUCUGCGACGCGCUCGCCCGUUAUCUCAACCUGGACCGUACGCGCUACGUGACGGAGGUCGCCCGGACGGUCAUGCGUGAGCGGGGGUUCUCACGGAAGGACGUGAACACGUACGAGAUGCAGUAUGCAAUUAUGGUGGCGCAACUGCAGGCCGAGGAGAAGGUUCUCGCACGGAGCAUGGGCACCGGAGACGAUGCAAGUAUGGCCUUGCUGAGCGACCGAUCAGCUAUCGACCCGAUUGUAUACGCUUCGACUAGCAAGAGUCCCGCCGCGGAAGACAUGCGGCGCAGACUAUUGCAUAACAGAGAUUUUCAGGCCAUACUCCCGCUAUAUCGUAUAUCACUAUUCAUCGUCCUUCAACCAGUGAAGGAAUGGAUGCGGGACGACGGCGUUCGUUCGCUAGAGGAUCCAUGGAACUACAAUAAGGAACUAUUCGCGACAUUGGAGGAGCUCAACAUACCAUACAUGACUAUAGGCGCGGACUUGAAGGACAUUGACAGCCGGGUAGCAUUC